GACGCAGCAGCACUGCCUAUUAUUACCGCUGACGUCCGUCUCCCUCCCUCUUUCUCUUGUCACUGUUUUUCGGGAGGCGAAGGGGGGAUCCCGUUUUCUUUGGUCUCCGCACUAAAACUAAUGUUUCCGGGGAGGCAUAUCUUCAUGUUCCGGUGCUGAUCAUUGGGGCGACUUUUCAUUUACCGCAAAAGCAGUUGGAACUAAACCGAAUGAGAAGAGCUAAGGACGGACUGUGCUGAGAGGAAGAACCGGAGACUGACUGGGAGGUUGCACAUCCGCUGCUUUGAACCGCAAUUUGUUUCCCCAGGCUCCGUACAUCUCCAGCUUCUGAAAUAUGAUCUCAGGCGGUUCCUGGUUCUGUUUCCGUGACUAUUGCUCCGUGGGCUACCGUUUUGACGUUUGUCACCCAGAUAAAUAAUAACUAGCCAACAGGGAAACAGAAACUCCCCCUUUUUCUCAAAUCAACUCACGGUGGUCGCACAGAGCCCACGGUUGUUUUCUCUUUCUAGUUUUUUUAAACAAACCCUAAUCAGUUGCCUUAAUGGUUGAGUUUUCUUUUUAUUCUCACCACAAGACCAAUGCAGCUGAAAGUAAACCGAUGACCACCGGGGUUGUUUUUAUUAACGAGCCAGCCAGUGUCCAACGAAAUGGUACGAUAGCGUCUGGGAAGGAUUGGGGGAAAGUGAAAAGCUAAGUGGGGGGUUCAGUCUGGGCUGUUUUUUCCAUCAGAUGAGGCUAGGUCGGUACCAACAACACCAAACAGACAUGAGGUGGAUAUAGUUUGUUUUUUUACGCAUCAAUUAAAGCUGGAUCACUGUCUUGGUGAUCUGUGCUGCCUUCACGGACUAUGACAAUGAGGAUUGUAUGAGAAGUGAGGCUGUUCUUUUCUGGUGUGACUGACAACCAGUCUAAUCUGGGGUGUGUUUUUUAACCCAGUGUGAACACAAACCUGCAGCACUUAUUUAUUUUCUCUUGGACGACGAAGCACUCAGGGACGAAAAUGUCUUUACGCACGGCACUGCCUGGGAAAGAGCGGAACCCGGACCAUCAUACCUCCCUGUCGGCCAGCCGCUCGGAGAAGGGUACCGGCUGGUCGAGCCGCUCGCUUGGUGCCCGAUGUCGUAACUCCAUAGCCCUGUGCUCAGAUGAGCAGCCACACAUCGGAAACUACCGGCUGCUCAAAACCAUUGGCAAGGGCAACUUCGCCAAGGUCAAAUUGGCACGACACAUACUGACCGGCAGAGAGGUUGCAAUAAAGAUCAUCGAUAAAACACAACUCAACCCAACCAGCUUACAGAAGCUGUUUCGAGAGGUACGCAUCAUGAAAACUCUCAACCAUCCCAACAUAGUGAAGUUAUUUGAAGUGAUUGAAACUGAGAAGACUCUUUACCUGAUUAUGGAGUACGCCAGCGGAGGCGAAGUGUUCGACUACCUCGUGUCUCACGGCAGAAUGAAGGAGAAAGAGGCCAGAGCCAAGUUCAGACAGAUUGUGUCGGCGGUGCACUACUGUCAUCUGAAGAACAUUGUUCACAGAGACUUGAAGGCGGAGAACUUGCUUCUAGAUGCCGACUCAAACAUCAAAAUAGCAGACUUUGGCUUCAGUAACGAGUUCACUGCGGGCAGUAAACUGGACACGUUCUGCGGCUCCCCGCCCUAUGCCGCCCCAGAACUCUUCCAGGGGAAGAAGUACGACGGUCCAGAGGUUGACAUCUGGAGCUUGGGUGUCAUCUUGUACACACUGGUCAGUGGGUCCUUGCCCUUUGACGGACAGAACCUAAAGGAGCUGCGGGAACGUGUUUUGAGGGGGAAAUAUCGUGUGCCCUUCUACAUGUCUACAGACUGCGAGGGAAUCCUGCGGCGCUUUCUGGUCCUCAACCCGACCAAACGCUGCUCGCUGGAUCAAAUAAUGAAAGAUAAGUGGAUUAAUAUCGGCUAUGAAGGCGAGGAUCUGCAGCCCCAUGCAGAGCCUGUGGAGGACUUGAACAAUACCAGCCGCAUUGAUGUGAUGGUUGGGAUGGGCUUCGCCAGAGAUGAGAUCAGAGAGUCUCUGUCGAGUCAAAAGUACAAUGAGGUCACCGCUACGUACCUGCUGCUGGGGCGCAAGAAUGAUACGGAAGGCAACGAGUCUCGGUCGGGCAGCAGUCUGAGUCUGGCUCGAGUACGACCCAGCACCAUCACCAACGGAACCAGCAAGCACACCACUUCCUCCUCCUCCGGUGUACCUUCUUCCUCCUCUGGCCACAAGGCGCAGCGCAGCGCCUCUACUUACCACCGCCAGAGACGACACUCUGACUUCUGUGGUCCAGCGGUUCCAGGGUCGAUACUCCCCAAGCGGAGUCCCAGUGGUGUAGGCGAAGGGGCUGGUCUCAAGGAGGAGCGGCUGUCGAGCCGCAAGCCGAGCACCAGCACAGUUGGCUCCCGUAGCAUCCCAACCCCCUCCAGUCCCAUGGUUAGCUCUGCUCAUAACCCGAAUAAAGCAGAGAUACCCGACCGGCGCAAGGAAGUUAACACAACCACAAAUAACAUCCCUGCCAGUGCCAUGACUCGAAGAAACACGUAUGUGUGUACAGACCGAUCCAGCACUGAUAGAAACACAAUGCUGCAAAAUGGCAAGGAAAACAGUUCCUUAUCUCAUCGCCUGCCCCCCGCCUCCCCCUCAACCCACAGCAUCGCUGGUGCCUCUGGAGCCUCCUCCUCGUCCUCCACGCCCUCCUCCCGCCUCUCCAGGGGAUCCACGGUGAGGAGCACUUUCCAUGGAGGGCAGAUUAGAGACCGUCGUCCUCCUUCCCAUGCUCCCCCAGCUUCCCCAACACCGUCCCAUGAUGCCAGCCCGCUGCCCCACGCAAGGACCCGGACCACAACCAACCUGCUCAGCAAACUCACCUCCAAGUUGACCCGCAGGGUCACUCUUGACCCUUCUAAACGUCAGAGCUCAAACAAGUCCAUGUCGGGCUGCACCCUCCCACAGGGGACAAAAACAGUUAACGAACCUGAGAGAAUCAGCAGAUCUCCGGUCACAAGUCGCCAUCUAUCUGGGCAUCAGAAGGCGGCCGAGCCCCGGACCCCCCGAUGCGGCUGGGAUGUGAGGGUGCGGAGCCCCCGUGACCCGGCCGAGGUGGUGCUAGCGCUGCGUGAGGCGGCGCAGGGCUGCGGCUGCCAGGUCCACCUGGCCGGGCCUUUCCUCCUGUCCUGCACUCACGGAGCAGCUGGCGCCCGUGUGGCUUUCGAGGCAGAGGUCUGCCAGCUGCCCAGCGGGCUGGGCCAGAGCAGCGGUGUGAGGUUCAAGCGCCUGUGGGGGGCGCCGUUAGCCUUUAGAGACAUUGCCACCAAAGUGUCCAAAGAGCUGGAGCUCUGAGGGCGACAGGAGGCGGGGCAGAUUGAUAACAGACAGGACAGGUUGAUAAAAGAAGAGGGAUGAAGAGGAGGAGGAACAAUGAGGAAGAAACCAUCGCCUCCUCCUUCUCAUCCCUGGGCUCCGCCUCAUCUGAUGCGGCCAGAGAUGCCUCGCCUCCGCCAAAGACCCUCUUCUUCUGAUGCCACCAAUCACAGCCAGACAAACGGAUGCACAGACACGGAUAGACCGCCAUCGACUUAUGAUGACCCUUGACCUUGGAGCUGUCAGUGACCUAUGACCCCUGCUUGAAACACACCACCACCUCCAUAUUAUUUGAGCCCAUGGAGUCCAUUUUUCUUUUUAUCACUAUUUCAUGUUUGAUGAUAAGGAUGGUGUUGCUGAGCAUGAUGGAGAUUGAGGAUUUGUUGUUGUUAACAUUGUUAUUCCUAUUGUAUCAUAUGUGUUGUCAUCAUUCCUUUUUAAAGAGCUGCUAUUUAAAGAGAUGUUUAAAUUCUUUGUCUUUUAAGUUUAUUUUCCUUCUUUAAUGCUUUUUAAAUGGGCAGAAGUUUGACAUAUGUUGUCGGAAGCAGACGUCACAUAUUUCAGAAGUGAGGUCGCAGUCUGACGACAGGCCUUUAGAGGGAGACAUGCAGAAAUGCAGAGACUUGUGACAGACUGAAUGAUGCAUCGCAGCCUUUCUGCCCAUCCAUUGAUGACUCCCAUUUACUGCUCAGUUGGCAUUUUCAUGUUUGUUUGUACCUUUUCUGAUCAAAUGUUGCCUCUGUCUGCUAUCCAUACUGAAUUCUCACUGUAAUGAUAGCUAGCAGGUGAGCUGCUUACAGAGGAGCAAAGCUGCCUAAAAAUACAUGACCCAGCUGAAAUGUUGUACUUGAUAACCUGAACAUUAUGCUCUUCUCUUUACAUAUACUUUACCCAAUGGUUUGUCCCAUAUUACCUUUAUUUACAAGCAAAAAAGCUCUCCAAAAAUGUAAAAUUACAAAACAUUUUGUUGGUUAGAAGAAAAAAAAAAAUGGAUCUGUAACAGGAACCGUGAUUUGAGUUUUUAUUACACAACAGGAUUUCCUAGCUGGCCCAGUUUUUGAUCUAUACAGGAAAUAAAAAAAGAGCCACUUUACAUUAUUUUCCACUUCCGCGGGUUUCGUCAAUUUACAUUAGGAACAAAGGCUUUGUCAACCAAUCAGAAUGCAUUAUUCUGAGACCAAUACGCACUGAUUUAACUAUUAGUUAAAUUAAAUAGUCAUUUUAACAUUUAACUAAACUACAUUUCUUAUAUGUAAGAAAAUUCAAAUAGAUUUUUUUCCCAGCACAUAUCGUCAGCGUUCCCUGAGUGCCAGGACAACUGAGAUUAAAUCUGUACCACAAAUGGUUAAAAACCUUUUUGUAAAAGCUUGACCAACCCUUGUAUUGAUUACAGGUCAAAUAGCAUGGCUUCUCUGUUUGACUGGUUCCAGUUUUUAUCUGCUGUGAUGGAAAUUUAACACGGUAUGAUACAACAAAAUACAAAUAUUUUUCCAUUCAACCCCCCCCCCCCCAUCCCUAUCC